CAGUGCGCCUCCAGUGUUGUUGGUCUGUCCUGCUUGAUAUUUACGUGGCCCGGUCUGAUGUGGUGGUCGGCCUCAUUUGGUUCUGCUUUGUAGUGACUUUGAGAAGUUCAUGCUGGCAAGUUUUCGGCUCAUGAAUGAACCCGUUCGUCAGGCGGAGAUAAUUAGUGAAUGGGCGUCGCCUGGGAGUGGCACAUCUGUGGAAUGAAGACCAAGUUUCCUGCGUCAUUUACCUCGGGCAAAGAAAUCACAGAAGUAAACAUUUCAAGAACUUAAAGCACCUCCAGUGAACUUAGCAGAAGUUGGAUUCGUCUUCUGAAUUGAUGUCUGCACUCAUGAACUUCACAUCGCUUUGGAAACAGAAGAGUAAGGCUGACAUAAGGUCACCUAAAGGAGACUUGAAGGUGGCAUUGGAUGAAUGUGUGGCAGCCCUGGACCUAUUUCUUAGCAACAGAUUUGAAGAUGCUCUAACUAAACUUCAGUCCAGAGCCAAAGACAGCAUGUACCAUUCUCUGACUUAUGCCACAAUAUUGGAAAUGCAAGCUAUGAUGACCUUUGAACCUGAAGAUAUUACUGUUGCUGGCAACACUAUGAAAGAUGCCCAGAUAGUCUGCGAAAAAUUUCGGAAGAAGACUACUGUUGCAAACUCAAUCAACAGUUUGAUGAAUAGGCAUGCUGCAGAACAAUUUACUGAAGAGGAGAUGCAUGCUGAAGUCUGCUACGCUGAGUGUUUGUUACAGAGGGCUGCUCUCACUUUCUUACAGGAUGAGAACAUGAUUAGCUUUAUUAAAGGCAGCAUCAAAAUAAGAAAUAGUUACCAGACUUACAAGGAACUUCUUAAUAUUGUGCAGUCUUCCAAUUAUACAAAAGGAGAGAAUUACAGCCAUCUUGAAGGAGGUGUUCAACUUGGAAUUGGGGCUUUUAAUCUAACUAUAUCCCUGUUGCCAACAAGGAUUCUCCGACUUUUAGAAUUUGUUGGAUUUUCUGGAAACAAGGAAUAUGGUCUAGAACAAUUGCAGGAAGGAGCAUCCACAGAAAACUUUCGGGCUCUCCUGUGUACCAUGCUGCUUCUUUGUUAUCACACAUUCAUGAGUUUUGUAUUAGUUGUGUCUUUAGUUAGUGAGGCCCUAAAUGUUGGAAUUUCCUCACAGGACUUCCAUCGCUGUAUUGCUCUAAGACAUUGCUUAAACCUGCCUCUUAUUGAGCUCAUCUGUCCUAAAAUCUCCUUUUAUAUGGCAGCUGCUGCAGCACCUCGUGGUGCCUUUGGCGGCAAAUGCAGUUAA